AUGGCCAAGCCAAGGUCGUCGGCGGAUGCCUCCGCUGCCGGAGCCGGAGCAGAUGCAGAGCCCAAGCUUAAUUAUUUCCAGAAGCUAUGGCGCUACCGGCACUACCUGGUCAUCGAGCCCUUCUUCUUCUUUUACUUCAUGGCCUCCAUUUUCAAUGCGGUGGCCAUGCAGAAUUUCCCCCUGGAAAAGGCCUGCCGGGUGAACUUUGGUUACAACAAGUUGGUCUGCGACACAAUGCUGGACAAAUCCGAGCUGGGCAUCGAGUGCGACGACUUUGACUUUGCCAAUACCACGCUGGGAGCCACACCCGACCUGGCUGGCCUGGUGGUGGCAUCGCCCGGCUUCAACUAUACCGUCUGCAAGGCGGAACUUGAGGCACAGAUCCUCGCCUCCGAUGUCUCCGGAAAACGGGCUCCGAUGGCUGCUAUCUUUCCCUUGAUUGUCCUCCUGUUCGCUGGAGGUUGGGCUGAUCGGUACAAUAAGCGAAAGCCUUGUAUGAUUAUGCCCAUUGUUGGAGAGGCCUUGGGCUUUACUUGCCAGAUCAUCUCGUCGAUCUUUUUCGAUUCGCUGCCCAUGGAGUUUGGCGCAUAUUGCGAGGCAAUAGUGCCGGCACUCUUUGGAGGAUUGACAUUCUGUUUAAUGGCCAUCUAUAGUUAUAUUACCAUUGCUACACCGGAGGAGGAUCGCGUUUUUCGGUUUGGCAUCUUCGCCAUGUUUGUCACAGGAGUUCCCUUUAUAGGUCAACCAAUUAGUGGAUUAUUAUUCACUACACUUGGCUAUACCUGGUCCUUUGCCACAGCCAUCCUUUUCCAGAUUAUAGCCAUACUAUACAUCAUCUUCUUUGUGAAGGAGGUAAAGACCACGCCACAGACCACAGCUACAGCCACGAAUGGAACCCAAGCGAAUGAGCCACCGCCACUACCAACCACCUUGCCACCUAAACAAGGCGCCGAGAAUAUGGCCUAUGAAACCACUAACGUGGACGAGCUGCAGGGCAACAAGAACGUCAACUUCCAACUAACACCGCACAUGGUGGAGCCCAAGGUGGAGGCUGUGCCGCCAAGGAAGUCCCUGUUUAAGGAACUCUUCGAUCCCACUCUCGUGAUUGACUGCAUCAAGUUCCCGCUGGUGAAGCGACCCAAUAACGGACGCAUGCUGCUCAUCCUGCUGCUGUGCGCCUACUUUCUGACUGUGGGUCCCGUUUCCGGGGAGAACGACUACUGGUACCGGUUCACCCUGAAGAAGCUCUCGUGGAACGGCAACGAUUUUAGCAUCUACCUGACCCUGUCCAGUGGAGCGGCCCUGGUGGGCACCUUUAUCGGUACGGCCAUUCUGAGCAAGCUGCUCAAGGUGUCCGACUCCAUGAUCGGCAUGCUCUCCGCUUUGUCUAUCGUCUGCUCCCGCGUCCUGUUUGCCUUUGCCAGCACCACUGCUUCCUUUUACGUGGCCGGAGUGGUGGACAUGUUCGUCAGUCUACGUGUGAUUGCCAUUAAGACCGUCGGUUCCAGCAUUGUGGCUGGUGAUGAACUGAGCAAAAUGUACUCCAUCUUUGGGAUUAGUGAACCGAUUGCCCAAUUUAUUUUCCCACCCAUCUUUAGUGAGAUCUAUAAAAGCACCGUGGACACAUUUCCCGGUGCUAUUUGGCUCUUUGGCGAAGUCUUCUACAUUCCCAAUGUCCUGGUCUUUGUUGUUUGCUACUUCCUUUUGAGACGACGGAAGGCGACGGGUGAGAAGAAUGCCGUGGAGCUGGAGCAAAACGCAGUUAAUGGAGCUAAUGGUUCCAAUGGUGCUAACCGCACAAAUGUGCCCGAUAGUGAAAUAACUAGUCUCUAAAGUAAUUUAUGACAGUCCCGUGUUGCUUUUAUAUAUUUAAUUACAUU